CAACAGAUUUGCAGUUGGUUAGGAAUUAAAAAAGUCAUGGCGUGUACAAAACUCUACAGUGGGCUACAACUUUUAAGUCGUAAUUCGACUAGCCGUGUUCUGAGCUCAUCUAUCGUCAAUUCAAGCCGCAAUUAUAGCAACUCACGCAAUGAUUUAGAAAAAUCCACACACACUGGACAGGUUUUUGACAAGGAAGAUUAUCGCAAUGUGCGAUUUGUUAAUGCCAAACGAUAUGUGAACGAAAAUUGGGGCAUCAAUUUGAUCGAUGAAGUACCACCAAUUGAAGUUACAGACCGUGUUGUCUAUUGUGAUGGCGGUGAUGCGAACUUGGGUCAUCCUAAAAUUUACAUAAAUUUGGAUAAACCGGGUCCUCAAAUCUGUGGAUAUUGUGGUCUUAGAUUUGUAAAGAAAGAGGGACACCACCAUUAAAUUUUAUUGUUGGAAGAAGUUGAAUGUGGAAAAAUACAAGUGGGAGAAUUAUUGAUUUGAAUUGUCUCUGUGAAUAAAUAUUUUGAAAACGAA